AUGUCUGAAGAGAACUUCUGCCUUCUUCAAGGCUAUGAGUGGAAUGUCCCUGCUGACCAGAAACACUAUACUCGUCUGACGAAUGCUCUGCAGGAUCUGAAGGAUAUUGGCAUAGACAACCUUUGGCUGCCACCAGCAUGUAAAGGCGCCGAAGGACCAAAGGCUAAUGGUUUUGAUAUCUAUGACUUAUACGAUCUAGGCGAAUUUGACCAGAAAGGUGGCAAGCCAACUAAAUGGGGCUCGAAGGAAGAACUUGUCGCGCUCAGUAAGAAGGCUGAAGAGUUGGGUGUCGGCCUCUACUUCGACGCAGUGCUCAACCACAAAGCAGGUGCCGACGAGAAGGAGAAAUGCAGAAUUCAGGAAGUCGACGAAGAUGACCGAAACAAAGAUAUCGGUGAACCCCGCGAGAUCGACGCCUGGCUCAAGUUCAACUUUCCUGGCCGCAACGGAAAAUACAGCAAAAUGACUUGGAAUUGGGAGCACUUCUCUGGCACUGACUAUGACGCUGGUAACGAUAAGCAUGGUAUCUUUCGUAUCCUGGGAGAAAACAAGUAUUGGAGUCAGUCAGUUGGAAGCAAUUGGGGUAACGCCGAUUUUCUCAUGUUCGCUGAUAUAGACUACUCUCAUCCUGAAGUCAUAGAAGACACUGUGAAUUGGGGCAUCUGGGUCGUAAAGGAGCUGAACCUGAAAGGGUUCCGUCUGGACGCUUGCCAGCAUUAUUCAGCCCGAUUCAUGAACGAAUGGGCAACAGCACUAGAAAAGGAGUUUGGAAAAGACAAGAUCUUCUUGGUUGGUGAAUUCUGGAGUCCGAAAGUGGAACCAAUGAUCGAGUAUCUGGACAGGAUGAAGCACAAAUUUGCUCUAUACGACUCACCUUUAGUGUACAAUUUCUCUCGGCUGUCAACUGGUGAAGACAAGGAUUUGCGCAAAGUCUUUGAUGGAUCACUCGCUCAGGAACGUCCCGCCGAUGCCGUCACCGUUGUUACGAACCACGACACUCAACCAGGGCAGACGAUCGAGACAAAGAUGGAAGACUUUUUUAAACCACUGGCAUACUCCUUGAUCUUAUUGCGCAAGGAAGGCUAUCCAUGCGUGUUCUAUGGCGACUUCUACGGAACGAAGGGCGAACAGGCUGAGUCACCUGCUUGCGGCGGUCAAUUAGGUGACUUUGUCCUAGCUCGCAAGCUGUAUGCAUAUGGCGACCAGGAAGACUACUUUGACAAACCCGAGUGUAUUGGUUUCGUUCGACGUGGCACCAAAAACCAUCCCGCUGGACUGGCUUGUGUAAUGAGCAUCGCGGACGAUAGUGAGAUCAAGAUGACUGUAGGUACAGAGCACACAGGUGAGAUCUGGACCGACGUCCUCAAAUGGCGGAAGGACGAGGUUAAGAUCGACGAGAAUGGACAAGGCGUCUUUCCCUGUCCAGGCAAGUCAGUGUCGAUAUGGGUGAAGAAGGAUGCAGCCGGACGCGAUAGAUUCGGUGAAUUCAAUUCCAAAAUAUACGAAGCGGCCAAAUGA